UGGCAGUUUUCCUCCUUGCAGAGUGUCACAGAUGCAGCAUGUGAGAUCUUUCCUGACACAGGUGCUGUGCUCAACACCAAGUUUCCAAGACACUGUGCAACAAGACAGCAGGGAGAUUGAUAGCCUCCAAAUGGAACUCUCUGAACCUCAGAGCUAUUUUCCAAUGCACCAUCAGGACUUCAAAGUAGAGCUGCUGAAAUUCCGCACCAAGAGCAAGUCAUGGACUAUGGAGCAAAGGAAGCAGGACCAGAUCACUUGCCUCGUGAAACUAUGAGCACCAAAGCAAUAUCUGGCAUAGAAGCUGAGUAAGAGAGUUGUGUCUUCCAGAGCAAAGUUCAGCUCCCUGAAGACAGCUAGACUGUGAUGGUGAAAGAAAAAGGGAACCUCCCUUGUUCUGCUGAGACUGCUAGGACAAAUUAGGAGGUCUGUUUAAAAAGUCUUGACACUGCCUCUGCAAGACACUGGCUGAGCAUAAAGCCACAAAUAAAAGAGUACCAUAGCUGCCUAGGGAAAGAACAGGCUUUGUUCGCUAAAGACUAAGCCAGCUUUUAGGCUGUCUUGCCUAAAGACUGCAAGGCAGAGUAUGUCAUUGGUUGAGCUCUCGCCCCUCCUGCUUCAGACAGGAGUCUCCAUGUUUUUCUUUAGUACUAAACAUUGCUGUGGAUUUUGUUGGUAGUUGUCACUUCUGACUGGUAAAAUAAAGAGUUGGA